AUGUUCUUUCCAGAUAAGAACCUAACUUGCUCUUUUCACGUUUUCUUUUACUUUUCAUUAUUUCAUGGUUGCCUUCUUCUCUUCCACUUACACUACACCCUGUUUUUUUUUUGGGGGGGGGGUCGGAUAUCGUUCUUCUUUUUUUUACUUCGAUUUUCCUUCCUUUUAUUCAUUCUUUCUGAUCUUUUCCCUUUCCCGAUUCUUUCUUCUUUUCCUUUCAUUCCUUUUCUUACCUCCAAUUUUUGUUUUGGUUUUUCAUUCUUCCUACAUUUUUUCUCAUUAUUCCUUCUUUCUCGAUUUUCUUUCUUCUUCCUUUCUCGUUCCCGUAUUUUCUUUAUGAUUUCUUCCUCGUUUUUUUCUUUGUUCCUCUUUUCUUUAUUCCUUUAUUUUUCACUUCUUUUCAUCCUUCUUGCUCGUAUUCUUCCUUACGCCAUUUUUAUUCUUCCUUCCUUUUUUCUUUCUCCGUUGAUUUUUCUUUUUUCAUUCUCCCUUGAUUUUUUCUCUUCUUUUAUUUUAUUUUUUUUCAUUGCUUUACUACUUAGCUUCCUUUUCCCUUCAUCCUGCGUUUUUUCUUCUCCUUUUCUGUUUUUUUUUUUUUUUUUUCUUUCUUCCUCUAUGUUUCGUUUCUUUUCAUCAUUUUCCUCGGUGUUAACAUUUCUUCUUUGA